AUGGAUAAGUCGGUUGAACGUGCUGAAGGGGUUCUCGUUUAUAAUCCUAAAACUGUACCUCAUGGUGCCAUACAGUUAAAUCCUUCUGAGGCACUUGCUCUGCGUCUUCAAAUAAUCAAUUCAUGGAACAAACCUCUAGAAGUGUUACCUCUUAAGUUUGGAGGAGAAGCAGUAACAGUAGCUACCUUUUUCUCAAGUUUACUUGUAACUUAUCGCUCAAGAUCGUUUUUUAAUAUGUUCACUAGAGUUGGACUUGCUUUGUCUUUGGUUCCAUGCGUAUUUCUUCCUACUGGCAUCGCACACCACUGUUUUACCCGUUUUGUUUCUAAUCAAAUUCUUGUUGGACCCUCUAAUUCAAUGUUAUAUCCUGACUGUAGUAUUUGCUUACAAAUACGUGAAGCUCUAAUAAUGAAUACGUGUGGAUUGGUCCUACCCCUAGGCUUUGGCUUUCUCUCUUCUGCAGCCUCUGCACUUAUCACACGAUCUUACCCGGUACCUGACCUGCUUGAUGUUAAAAGAAUGUGGAGAAUGUUCAAACUCUAUAGUAACUCAUUUCGAACUGUUGGCACCUGUUUGCUUUUGGGUCAUACAAUAUUUGGAACAGCAUUGGUAUACGCUAUGAUGGAUAGUAAUCAACGUGUUCUCAGGCAGCAAAAGUUUAGUCCCAGUAGUGAUUCAUAUAAUGAAUGA